CUCACUUAGCACCUCCUCAAAUUGAUGUUCGCCAUUCUCAUCAUUUUUUCUUCUCCGUCCAGAUCUGCGACUACACACCGAAAUCGUCAAUCAUCAGGCAUGUGGGACUGGUUUGAUCCCCAAAUGUGGUUGGAAGACCAUUUCACGCAUAUUUCUGAUUCUCUCAAAAAGAUAAAUAAAUUGGGGGAAGAAAAUGAAGAUUUGGUAGAAAAGCUCAAAUCAUUGAAGAAGAGUUUCACCCAUAUUGCUCAGGAGAGGCACACCAUGGAAGCAUUUGUGAAAAGCAGUCUUUAUUCAAGACAAAUAAUAAGGGCUUUAACAUUAGAUAUGUGUAGGGAGUUUGCUAAUUACAUACUUUGACAAGAAAUUAAUGUUGUAAGACUGAAAAGUAGUUGAAAUGAAACAAUUCUAUAGUUCUGUUUCAACAUAUUGUAUUCUGGCAGCAAUGUUUGAAAGUUUUGUUGUAAUGUACUC